AUGGCCUUCCUGGUAGCCGGGACUCUGCGGGUGGCUGUGCAGAUGGCAGAUAUUCGGGAGAGCCUGGGCAGGAAGGGAAGGUACAGUGUGCUGCACCCAAGGGUGGCCCUGAUGCUCAGCAGCCCAGGGGUGCCGGCUGUCACCAUCGCUGCCCUGGAGGGCGUGCUGCGGGCCCUGGGCUUUGAGAGUCUGGAGCAGAAGGUGGUCCCUGUCCAGAGCUUUUCGGAGGAGUUAGUUCAAUUCCGGGAGCAGCUGGAUGCCCAAGGGGACCCCAUCAGCUGUACCUUGGUGGCCUUGGUGACCCUCCGUGGGCAGCUGAGGUGGCCCCUGAAGCUGGCCCAGGAGCUGAAUGGCUGUGGGGUCCUUUGGGGCUGCCCCAAGCUCUUCUUGCUACUGUCGAUCGCUCCAGGGGUCACCCCAGAGUCCGGAAGCUUCCUCCACCACCUGGCUGAGCUCUGUGGUCACUGUCCUCACUGGUCUCUGCUGCAGCUGUUGACAGAGGUCUUCCGGAGGGUGACUGAGUCCGCAGGAGGCACCUUCUGCCCGGUUCUUCGAAGCUCCUUGAGGGGUGCACUGUGCCUGGGAAAUGUGCAGGCCUGGGAGUCUGAGCUGGACUCUGGCCUGAAGGCCCAGUAUGACCUGUCUGGAGUCCGAGUGGCUCUCCUCCUGGGUAUGAUCCGAGGCCGGCCCGGGGCCCAGUGUGACAUGGAAGCUCUGGGGAGCCUAUGCCAGACCUUGGGCUUUGAGACUACUGUGAGAACAGACCCUACAGCCCAGGCUUUUCAAGAGGAGUUGGCCAAGUUCCAGGAGCAGCUGACCACCUGCAGGGACCCUGUGAGCUGCGCCUUGGUGGCCCUGAUGGCUCAUGGUGGUCCGCAGGGACGGUUGUUGGGGGCAGAUGGGCAGGAGGUGCAACCAGAGGCCCUGCUGCUAGAGCUUAGCCGCUGUGAGGCGCUGCAGGGUUGCCCCAAGAUUUUCCUGCUUCAGGCCUGCCGUGGGGGGCACAGGGACUUGGGUGUGGCCACCACUGUCUCCUGGUUCUGGCGCAGGCUGUGUAGUAGGCCUCCCACCAUCCCCUCCCACGCUGAUGUCCUCCAGGUCUAUGCUGAUGUGCAAGGCAGCUCCUUCAGGGGACACCCUCCAAGGACUGCUGACCACGCAGACAUCCUGAUGGUCUACUCGGCGGCCGAGGGCUGUGUAGCCUAUCGGGAUGACAAGGGCUCUGAUUUUAUCCAAACUCUGGUGGAGGUUGUCGGCGCUGACCCUGGGAGAGACCUUCUAGAGCUGAUGACAGAGGUCAAUAGGCAGGUGUGUGAGCUGGACGUGCUGGGGCCCGACAGUGACAAGCCCCACAAAGCCUGCUUGGAGAUCCGCAGCUCGUUGCGCCGCAGCCUCUGCCUGAGAGCCUGA